GGCGCAAUUUGGAGUUAGGUGAAGUGCCACACCGUUAGGCUCUUACACUGCAGACCUUCUUGAGGUGCAUGGCGCAGUAGGGUGCCGUGCCACGCGGUAAACAUCCAAUUCUCGUCAAAGUGCGAAAUUAUCAACGCACCAAGUCUGGCCAGACGCAUAUUGCGAUGUGCCAACAUGAUACGAGUAGUCUCCUCGCUAACGUGUAGCAGUAUCGCACCAGUGCCCAUCUAAUCCUCCACUCACACUACCAUUUUUUGCGUAAUCCGUCUACUAUUUUACCCUCACACGCUACGUCUAGCAGCCUCGCAAUUACGUAACGGCAAUGGCGCACAGGUUUGGUUCAAACCGCCUUGAGCGGCGAAACAGUCUUGUCGACGACUCGGACCCCUGCGCGGUCAACGGCAACGGCGCGUCUCAAGGGCGCUACGGCCAGGGGGAAGUCGGCUGGUGCGGCUCCCUCUUCCAGCGCGCAGUCAAGCGCGGACCCGCGGGCCGCUUGCGCGGGUUCACGUGGGACCCUUGGCGGAGCGACUCCGGGAACAGCGGCAGCGGCGGCGGCGGAAGCAGUGGCUGGGGGUGGGGAAGCGGAAGCGAUGGCAGCAUGACUCCGCGCUCUCCGCGCUCCCCGCGCUCCCCGCGCUCCCCGCGCACGCCGAUAACGCCUCGCCGCCGCCGGGGGGGAUCGUAUCAAGAUGGUAAUUACCGACCUGGCACGCCUGGCGCUCCUUAUAAGAACGCGCCUUAUUUCCUAGGCGGACAGCCCCUCGCUUCAGUCGCCUCAUCUGGGCCGUACGAUCCUACUAACGGGGGUUCACUUCUCGACGGAAACAGUGGCGGGUUUUGGGGAGGCGGCGCGGCGCUGAGCGCGUCCCGUCGGGCGGCGCGUCAGCAGGGGGGCGGCAGGGACGGCAAGGGCUCAAGGGGAGGCGGAUUUUCGGUGAUGAGCGAUUGGCUGACGUGCUCGCUACAGUCGCUGCUACAGUCGCGUAUUGAGCAGUUACAGACGUCGGAGCAGGUGAGCCGGCGGCAGCUGAUGGCGGAAACUGCGGAGAUGGUUCUCAACGUGCUCGACGCGCGCUCCGCCGACGACGCGCUCGCGCACCGCUCCGAAGUCUCCGCGCUGCGGCGCCUGCAGCGCGAGUCGUUCAGCGACCUCCUGCACCUCCGCGACCGCCUCACGCGCCUCGAGCUCCUCGCGGACGACUUCUCUCUCGGCCGCCACCGCGUCGCGCCCGCCGCGUUCCUCGCCGCGACUUCCGCCGGGCGCACGGAAGUCUCGGGCCGCAUCACCGUCGGAUCCGCGCUCGUCCCCACGGGUGGGCUCCGCUCGCACCGCUCCCGCGCCACGAUGGAAGCCGCGGGACUGCGCUCCGGGGUGCAGAUGGCUCUAACUCUCGCGUCGCUCUGCCGGUCCUCGGACCGCCUUAAUACAAUCCUAGGAGUCGGGCCGCCGGAUCCGCUAGGGCCGGCGCUAGCGCUAGGCGGCCCGGUGGUGCUGCAGAAGGCGGUCUAUAAGGCGCAGCUGGCGGAAGGGCUGGCGGUGACCGCGGCGCCGAUGGGCGCAAGCGGAGCGGACCUGGUGGGGGAAGGCUCCGCGGGGGCGGGAGUGGGCGGGGAUGGCGCAGCGGCUCAGACACGUGGCCUCACCACGUUCAGCGGCGGCACCAUUCCGCUUCUCCAGUCCAUCCGCGGAACCGCGCUCGCGGUGACCGUCGAUACGCCCGUCCCCGCGCUCUCCCCCCUCCUCCCCGCGCUCUCGCGCGCGCUUUCCGCCCUUCCCCGCGCGCUUCCCCCAUCCGUCGCGCGCGCUCUCGGCCUCCGCUCUGCGCGUCACUCCCCGUACACGCCCUUCCGUUCCGCGCGAUCUACCCCCUCCGCGAACUCCUCCGCGGAUCCCCCCGCGCUGUCGUUUACCGCGGGGAAGCUAGUCGCGGGGUGGGGGGUUCCGCUGGAGGAUCCUUCCGCGCUCGCCGCCGCCGCGGCGGACACUGCGCUCUGCACUUCCGCGCUGGGGCACCUUGCGCUGCGCCUCUCCCCCUCCCUGCGCGUUUCCGCCGCCGCCGCGUCGCACUCGUGGCCCGCGCCCCCCGCGCCCUCCUUCCCCGGCCUGCACUGGUCGGAAAUGGGGCCCCUGGUGAUUCCGCGGCUGGGGGGAAUCUUGCGCAGCCCGCGCGCGCGCGGGGGAGGCGCGAGGGGGGGAAUGCAGGUGGUGCGGGAAGCGGGGUCGACAACAGAAGGGGUAGCGGUGGGCGGAAGGAUUGGGGGAAGCGGCGGGGGCGCGGAUUCCCCCCAGAGUUACGCCAGUGGGGGAGUGGAUAGGAUAGUAGUGGAAAGUAUGAGGGGCGGGGGAGGCGGGGGGGGAGGCGGAGGCGGAGGCAUUGGGGACAGGGGGAAUGUGUUAGAGGGCGGAGGUGACAGUAUGGAUGCCACGAGCGCAUGGCUCAUGGAUAUGGGUGAUUAUAGCGAGAGCAGACCAGAGUCGUUUGGCAUGGCGCUGGCUUUAGAAAAGGAGAUUAAAGGCGGAACCACUAUUUCGGCGUGGGUGCAACGGUCCAAGUGGGCGGGAGGAGACUAUGGGGGGGAAGUGGCAGUAGGUGGAGGGGGAAGGGGUGGGGAAGGGGGAAGGGGGGGAAGAGGGGGAGGGGAGGGGGGAGAGGAAGGGCUUCUGGGGAGACUGGGAGCAGAUUGGCAGUGGGCAGUAGCAGUAACAGGAAGGGCGGCAGGAAGUGAGGGGGAGGAGGGGGAAAGAGGAAGUGGUGGGGUGGGGAAAAGAGAGAGAGGAGAGGGAGGAGGAGGAGGAGGAGGAGGAGGAGGGGGAGGAGUGGUGAGGGCAGCGCGGGUAGUUGGAUACAGGGUGAGUGUCGGGCAGGGUGUACCGGAGGGUGGUUUACCCCCGGAUUUGGUGGAGAGUAGCGAGGUGUCGAUGGGGGGAGGGGGGGGGAAGGGGGGGAUUGGAAGGAGGUUGUGGCAGGGGGAGGGGAGUGUGGCGGUGGAUUGUGGGGGCGGAGUGGUGCUGGAGCCAGGGGUGGUGAUAGCGGGCAACAGGGACCUAGGGGUGCAUACAGCGUUUAUGCUGCGGACAACACUUCAUAUAUAGGUGCCUGGGCGCCUGAUAUGAUGAUGUAAGGCGUGUGGUGGUGCUGGCGCCUGGAGCCAGGGGUGGUGAUAGUAGGACUUGGGGAUCUAGGGGUGCAUACAGCGUUCAUGCUGCGGACGGACAACUCUCAACAUCUGAUGCUUGCUUGGUUCAAGGUUUAGGGAAGGGGCGGGGUCUGGGGCAGUAGCAGGAGGAAGCUUUUGCUUUUGAGUCGACUCAAAAGCGGACAGCAGGAGGCUUGGUGCUGGAGCCGGGGGUGGUGAUGGCAGUGUAUUGGGAUUUUAGGGGCAGAAACGUUUGGGACAAAUGACAGCGGUUUGAGGCUCCUCUAGUCCAGAGAGCACCAGCACACCAGCAGCCGGCAGCUCGAAGCAGCUCUUGACAACACAGCGGCAGCAGGUGACUUUUGAGUGGACUCAAAAGUUGCCGGCAGCUCGAGACGGCUCUUGACAGCACAGCACCAGCAGCGUGAUAGGAGUCUAGCUUUGAGGCGCUUCAAAUCUAGAGCAGCAGCGCACCAGAAGCCGGCAGCUUGGGACGGCUCUUGACGACACAGCACCACCAGCAGGCAGCUCGACUGACCACUGACGCACCUUAGGGUUGGCUGGGCCUUGAUCUGGUCGAUCGCGAGAAUGGAUAAAUCGCCACUAACUUUUAGCUGAUCAGAAGUAAACGCUGCUGGUAGUUUCAUGGGCGGCGCUGGGGAGGAUGGGGGGGAAGAGGAGAGAAAAUCUGGCAGUAGUAGGUUGGAACAGGUUGGGUGUGGAGGUGAGUCUCAGAGGAUAAUAAUGGCAAUAGGGAGGGCAGGGAAGGGGUGUGACAACGGAAGAAAUCUAUUGAGGGGGCGGUAUUGGUUUGCCUAGCCUUGCU